CAAUGUCUCCAGUGGGCAGGGGAGCCACGAUGGCUGCCCCUCACACAGCCAGCCUGGAGGGCCCAAGCACCAUGCAGAGACAGGAGAAGAACCUCAGCCAGCGCGUCCCGGAGCUGUGUGCCGUCAUAGGCUUGCAAGAGCAAGGCAGGAAAUUCUUCACCCAAUGGUGUGAGGAAAAGCUCAGCCAGAACGGAGAGCUGCUCCCCGGCCUGCGUGAGCUGAUGCAGGAGGACAGCCAAGCCCUGGAAGCCCUCCAGAAGGUGGAGAGAGCCCUCUCCUGCCCCCAGAGCAGGAAGCUCGCUGUCUCUAAGGUCUUUGGAGCACGGGAGCACUCGGACAUGGCCUUCACCAGCAGGACAGCAGAGGUAACAACGGGCAGGAAUUCCUUCUUCUAUGAGUGCCUGGUGAGCCCUGUCUCCAACCUGGUGAACUUAUCCAUCCAGGCAGCCCAGGAGGAGCUUCAGGAUGAAAUCUAUGACCAGGUGAAGUUGUGCAACCUGCUGCUGUACCAGGUGAGGCAGCGGAGCCAGGCCCGGGAGCAGCUGCAGAGGUGCCUGCAGCAGCUGCAGGACGUUGAGGUGGAUGACAACCAGGACCAGCUGCAGGUGAUUCACCAGGUGGAGAACAGCAUUGAGAAGAUGCUGACGAAAGGCCGGGCUGGGGAGAAGGUGACAGCCCUGUACCUGGGGCUAGGGGAGGUCCUGAGAAAGGAGCUGGCCCACCUGCCUAGCCAUCUGGACCUCCUGUGUGGGACAGCCAACCUGUACCAUGGGGAGCUGGAAGACAUGGAGCUCAUGGCCUCUGACACCCUCAGAACCACUCAUAUAACCAAGGAGGACAUGGCCAAGGUGGAAGCUCAGUUCGUCAAGGAGAGAGAGCUCAGGUUCCACUCCCUGGCCUCUGCCAGGGUUCCCAUUGACAGGCAGUGGCUGAAGGAAGCCAGGGCAAGGAUAGAGCAAUCCAGGUAUGACCUCACCACGGACUUACAUCAGGAACCACUGGUGGAUGCUGACACAAAGGCCACCAAGAUGCAGCUGGAGCAUGAGGCCCGGGUGACAGAGGAGGUGCAGAGGGCCAAGGCCGUGGUGCAGUGCUCCUGCCUCUGGGACAUCCCCAGCAGGUUCCUGGCACAGCAGAAGUGCUCAGCAGACCUGGAGCAGUGCAUCAAGGAGAGCAAGGAGAAGAAGGAGCAGCUGAAGGAGACACUGAAGGAGCUGGAGCUGAAGCUGGCUGAGCUGAUGUUUCACCAGCCCCCCAGCACAACCAGCGUGGUUGGCUUCAGGCAGCUGGAGGAGGAGAGGAGGAUGAACCUGCAGAGGGAGGAGGCUCGGCUGCGGCAGCUGCAAGGCCGGGUGCUGAGGAACCAGGAGCUCCUGCUUGAGUUUGAAAGCGGCAUCAACAGCCUCAGUGCCCGCCUGGGGGGCAUCACCCUGCCCGAGCAGGAUGAUUCAGCUGAGGCCACGGAGGCGGAGGAGAAGCUGCGGCAGUGCCAGCAGAAGCUGCAGUUCCUGCUGCGGAGGGUGGCUGACCUGCCCCCAGACACUCACGGCCCUGACGAGGACAAUGAGACAUUCACCAAGGUCAGAAAUCUCUUGGAGAAAGCAGCCACAAAUGAUCCACAGAAUCUGAAGAUCUCCUUGGAGGACUCAGACAGCAGCAUCCAAGACUUGACUUUUGCUGACAAGGGCCACGGCCAUGUCCCCUCCCGGGAGUACAUCAAGAAGCAGGGGCUGCAGCUGAUUGAGAAGAAGAAGAAGAAGAGUGCCAAGCACUAG